UUCCCAUAAUAGUCCGUGCCUCUCUGAUCCAUUGAUGCUGAGGGAGUUGAGAGUGAAAGAUAAAGAUAGCCAAUCGCAAAUUCCACCCACAUAACCCCAUAUUUUUAUAUUUUUUUUUCACAAACACAAACCCAAUCCAAUCAUGUUACUUAAUCACUGCCUAGGCCAUCACCCCUUCGUAAAUAAAAACUGCCAUUGCUGAGAGAACAGAGAGUCCAUAGAGUACUGGUUUUAUUAAAACCACUUAUCCUUUUUUUUUUCUCCUGAAACCAACACACACAAAAAUUAAAAAUAAAGUAAAAUAAAAACCACCGAUUCUCAAACACACGCGUCUUUAUAAGAACCCACCAACCGGUUAUUCCUCCUAUUACCACAAACCGCUUUCUGAUUAAUUUCUUCCCUUGUCUUGUGUGUGUCCUAUCUAUGCUUCUCUCUUUCUCAGUACUACUACUGCUCUCUCUGCAACUCCAUGCCAAUUUUUCAGGGCUCAUGAUGGUGGCCUGAACUAGUGGGCAAAUAAAGACCACAGUGAAAAGAGAUAACCCCACUAGUCAUAAAAGGGAGAGAAGAGAAAAGAAAGAAAAAAAAAGAGAGGGGCUUUAUGAGUUAUGAAUUAUCAUCAUCACCCGACUUGCUUUUAACUUUUUUUUCUUUGUUUGAAUUUUCCUUCUUUUUUUUUUUUAACGUUUUGUUGGUGAAAUUGGAUAUUAGGGACCAGUUGUUUGGGUUUUAGCAUAGAGGGUGUUUGGGCUUUUACUCGUAAGGCACUAAUUAUUUGAUAGGAGGCCUAGACAUAAAUGCAAAGAUGCAAAAAAAAGAAAAAAAUUUGAAAGGGAGAAAUAAAUAAAGGUAGCGAAAAGAAGGAAAAAAAUAUAAACUCAUCUUUGUUCUGCUGUCUGAUGCAUGCACGUCUGGUCCUUUGAUCAUGACCACUGAGGGUCUCUUCGCAUGUCGUUUUUGAGCCCCAUCGUGAUUCUAUUCUCAGAAACAGGAGAAUCGAGGGCGAGAAAGCCGGGGAAAAAGUCACCUUUCUUUCUUUCUUUCUUUCUUUCAUUUAAUAAAAAAAAUCUCUUUUUUCUACAUCUGUUUCUCCAUUUCUUUUCUCAGUGGUUUUGGAUUGGAGGUCACAGAGGGUGUGAGAGGUUUCUACUUUCUAUACAUGGAAACUUGUUUCCAAUUAGCAGUUUUUCCCUUUUUCUUCUUCUAAGCCUUCACAGAAUUUUUAGGUUGGUGAUUUUGGUGUUUGCCGCUUCAAAACUGAUGGCAGUGUUUGGUUGGCAACCUUGUCCUUUCAGGUGAUUCCUAUGAUCUUUCAGUCACACACAAACACAAACAUCAACACUGUUAUGAGCACUAGUUCAACAACUUAAGGUUCUCAAUUUGUGGCAUAUUCUGUGUCUUGGUUUCAGGAAACAUAAAAGUAAGCUAUGGUGAGUGAGUCAGUGAGUGAGUGAGUCAGUGAGAGAAACCAAAAAACAAUGGCAGAUUCAGAAAAGUACAACAAGAAACCCUCUUCAUCGUCUUUCUUCAGUUCUCCAAGGUUGUUCACCAAUUUCACUCCGAAAGGUUCCCAUGAAACCGAAACCAUGAUGAGCCCUACCUCCACACUCGACAGCAAGCCUUUCUCUGGCUUCAAGAACCCCUUUUGGUCAGAAACUAACAGCCCCAGAACCCCAGGGAGUGAACACAAGCGUUACUGGGACAAAUUGGAUUCCAAAGGCGUUGGUCUUGGCCUCGUUGAUGCUCUUGUUGACGAAGACAAACACGGUGGUGAAGUGAGUUCGAAAUCGGAGUCUCGAAUGGUUUUGUUUGGAUCUCAGCUCAAGAUUCAGAUUCCUCCUCUGUCUCCAUCUGAAUCUUCCAAAUUCGUAGCUGAGAAGGGAAAGUGUGCAUCUGGGGUUGCUGAUGCUAAUAAUUCUCAGCGUGUUUUUGUGGGGUGUCUCUCUGCGAGUGAAAUGGAACUCUCUGAGGACUACACGCGCGUGAUUUCACGCGGGCCUAACCCGAGAACCACUCACAUAUUUGAUAAUUGCAUCAUUGAGAGUAGCUGCUUUGAACUUGGGUGCUCUGCUUCUUCUGCUAAAGAAAAUGGGUGUUUUCUUGAUCACACCAGCUAUCACUCUCGGAGCUUUCUCAGUGUCUGCUUUCACUGCAAGAAAAAUCUUGGCCAGGGUAAAGAUAUCUACAUGUACAGGGGUGAGAGAGCAUUUUGCAGCAAUGAAUGCCGGUACCAAGGGAUGCUGUUGGAGGAAGAGAUGAGCCAAUUGGAAGCCCAGUGAUAUCUAUGGGCCUUAGUUCAUUCCUUUAACCCCCACACCCAUCCAAAGCCAUUCAAUCUUGCUUCAAACUUCAAAGGGCUUAGAAUUUCUAAUAAUACCACCUUCAUUUUUAUUUUUCUAGGACACAAAAAUAGUCCUUGGAAAUUCUGGAUCACUGUACCACCUGGUUUUUCUAUUUCUGCUUAUCACAACCCUCUCUGAGGUAGCAGUGUAGAAAGAUAGAGAGGAAUUGAAAGGGCAGAGAUACUGUAGGUGAUUUUAUUGAAAUGAUGAUAUUUGGGGAUUGACGUUGGGCUGGCCACAGUUUUGUAAUGAUAUCAUUGUAUGACUUGAGCUUACAUUAUCUUUUGUUUAUUGUUUAUAUAAAGUAAUCUACAGCAAUAAUAAUACUAUAAUCACUCACAUAGGAUCACCAA